CGCGGUGGGCGUGUCUGCGUCGCUGAUGUAAACAGAAAGGACCAUUUUGAUCAGAGAAAUCUAGAAGCCAGGGCACAGUAACUCAUCAAAGCUUUUCUGGUUUCACCUAUGCAACGCCUUAAAUAGUACUCGCGCCAUGGACUUCUAUAUCAAUCUAAAGGUGAAUUUCCGAGGGAAUGCGAAGAGUUUCUUGCUGUCUGGCUCGGAGACGAAGAGCUGGGAGUCUAUGGAGGCCAUGGUGAAAAGGUCUUUUGGCCUGUGUAAUUUUCAACUGACAUAUUUCGAUGAGGAGAAUGAAGAGGUAUCAAUCAACAGCCAAUUGGAAUAUGAAGAAGCCCUGAAGAGUGCUGCACAACAAGGGAACAGACUACAAAUGAAUGUGUAUGAGACAAGGGGCAGUAGAGCCACAGUGCCAGGACCGGGCCCACCACCAGGGUCAGGGGUGGGCUUGGGACAGGUGAAACCUAGUACUGUUGGAGAACCCAAGAAGGGAUUCAGGCCUCCUCAGCACUGCUCUACUUUGGCACAAGUGGUGAGUCGCAAAGUUCAGGCUGCAGUUCCAGAGGAAGGAUUGGUAAUUGUUAAUGAAGUCAAAGGAGGGAAGGCAGAGGAUAAGACCCCUCCAGCCUGGUUCACUUCAUACAUGGAAAAGUUUAAGGAUCAAGUGGUUAGGGAAGCUGUAGAGAAGAUUUGUAGGGAGUUCUCUGGACAAUGCUGCAUCCAUAAGCCAGUGGGAGCAGAUCCCCAGGUUCCUGAGGUCACCUCAUCCACUCUGCCUGGGGCCCCAAGUCCAGCUCCAGCCUGCAGUAGCUGUCGGGGCCAGACCACCGGCGGUGGAUACCAAUGCAGUGUGUGUACCUCCUGCACUCUGUGUGAGCCAUGUAGCUUCUCACAUGAUCCAAGCCACAACCUUGUGAGAGCCAGAACUCCCCUGUCUAUUCCUGAGCACGGUUCCCCAGCACCAGAUCACAGCAGGUUCUACAGAAGGGGUGACCGGAGCUUUCGUAAGGCUGAAAAGCAGCGUCUUAAAGCUGAGAAGCGCCAGCUCAAGGCGGAGGUGAAGGAGAUCAGGAAGCAACUGAGAAUGGAGAGGAGGGGGCUGCAGUGGAGCACUGCUGGAGAAGGGAGCUCUUCACCCGUCCUGCUGCAGCCACGUGCCACACAGGCAAAUAGCCCAGAUCGUCCUAAACGUCCAUGCCCACUUGCUGUGCCAGCUAUGACAGCUCUACUCUUGGAUGAAAACCUGCCUGAUGGAUCACGACUGCCUCCUGGGACCAAGUUCAUCAAAUACUGGAAAAUGAAGAACAGUGGCAGAGUGUGCUGGGACUCUGAGACCAAGUUGAAGUUUAUGUGGGGGAACUUGGCAGUGGGCUCCGGUGAAAGAUGGCGGGAGGUCGCAGUACCCACACUACAGCCAGGUCAGGUGGGUGUCAUCAGUGUGGCACUUUGUGCUCCGACGUUAGAGGGCACCUAUACAUCCCAUUGGCGCCUGGCACACAGAGAAGAGCAGUUUGGACCACGUGUUUGGUGCAGCAUCGUUGUGGAUCCACAUGCUCCUACAGCUAUCUGUGCUGACGGGCUACUGGUGUCUCCCUGUGUCACCCCACAGGAGAAGUCUUCCCACACUCUUGAGAGGGAGGAGAAACGCCGGGCCCCAAGGGAACAACUGCUUUUGUCAGUAAACCAGGACUGUGAUCAGGAAUUCUACAUUCCAUCUAUAGACUUACUCACAGCUCAGGACUUACUGUCUUUUGAACUGCUGGACAUCAACAUUGUGCAAGAGUUGGAGAGUGUGCCUAACAACACUCCUGCAGACAUUACUCCAUGCAUAUCACCUAUGCCCCAUGAGGGACCUCUACAGGAAAAACCAACACUGGGACUCAUCCAAGAGGAAACAGAAGCCCAAGGGGUCAGCAGCAUCCUGGUCACAGAUGUGGCCCAGGGAACAGAGUUAGAGGGCAUCCCAGCACAAGAGAAAGGAGAGGAGAUCAUCACUGGGCCUCAGUUCGUCAGUCCAUCUGUUAUCCGCUCUCUCACCCUGGAAGUGACCCGUGAAAUAGCAAAGCAUGGGGCGCUUUGUGGGAGAUGCCCAGCUAAAGUGGUGCGUCCAGCCCCCCAAGGUUCAAUGUCGCUUUGUGAGAGUACAUCAGAAAAGGUUUCAGAAACAGGGCUCAUAUCUGCUCCAGCCCUACUGAAAGUAGAGAUGGCACAAAUCUCCAGCCCAGCUUCACCACAGACAGAGACCACUGAUAUAGCUGCUCCCUUGCUGACGCUUCCAGCAGAGCUCAUUAGCGCAGAUGAGGGUCACGAGUCUGACAUCGAGCAGAUCCUGGUGGAACCUGCAGGUGGAGAUCCUGUAGAAGAGGGGGAGGAGGAAGUGGAUAAGAAAGAGCAAGUGAGGGACACAGAAGCAGCUAAGGAAACACGCAGUAGAACUUCAUCUGCUUCUUCAGAAGACUAUAUCAUCAUCCUCCCAGAUUGCUUUGACACCAGCCGUCCAUUAGGAGAGUCCAUGUACAGCUCAGCCCUGUCGCAGCCUGGAGAAGAGCUUGUAGAGGGGGACAAAGUACAAUCAGUGGAGACAGUAGAGCUCCAGAGCCCUUUUGCUGCUGUUAGUGUGGAUGCUAAUGACAUGCUCUGUGCCUCCCAGACUCUGGACGCUGUGCCGCUCACCCCUGUGAUUGUAGUGGCUCCAGGAUCCUCGAUUAAAACCUACAAAGAGACGCAAGGGCAGACAGAACAUGGAGCAGAGGAGCAGGAGAGGAGUAAUCCUACAGAGCCAGGUGAUGAGGAGAAAGACUCUGAGCCUAAUCAACCUGACCCGGAGAACUCAGUAGCAUCUGUUAAGUCUGAAACAGAAGAGCUCAGGGCUAAUAGCAUUACAGGUGGAUUGGUGAAGGGUGCUCUGUCCGUGGCAGCAUCUGCCUAUAAAGCUCUUUUCACUGGACAGACUGGGUCUGAGAAGCUCCCAGAAGAUGCAGCUUCUCAUGACGCCAUGAUGGCUGUGCUGGUAGAGAUGGGCUUUGGUGACCGGGCGCUAAAUCAACGUCUGCUAGAGAAACACAACCGCAACCUGCUGGAUGUGGUAAAUGAACUGGUGCAGAUGACUGACAACGACUGGUACACAACACGCUACUAAGAUACUGGUCAAUUAUUUUUGUUUCUCUCAUAUCUCUGUUUUUUUUCUUUCUCUGUGCAAUCAGCAGUCCAUUCCAUGAUACAGACGUUCAUUCCACCUGGGUUGUAAAUAUAGUGUGUGAAUCUGUCUGCUCCAAAGUGUAACCGAUAAUCAUUAGAGAAGCAGUUCAUCAUCAUUAUAACUGUGCUUGUUAAAGUUUGUUGUUAGUGGGCAUUAAUGUUUUCACUGAUGAUCAUGGGUAGCUAAUGAACACUAAUAGGUAAUUAAUAAUCCAAAGCUAUUCAAGAAAUAUGUCAUGCUUUUAAUAAAAACAUUUUAAAAGAUAGUUUAAUUAACAACAAAAUAUUCUAAUAGUUAAACUAUGAAAAGCUCUGCAGUCUGACUGGACAUUUUU